CGUUCUCUGGCGCAGGGCCCCCGGCCGGGGCAGUCCCGCAGCCGAGCGCAGCCAGGCGCGCGCCACCGCCCACUCGCCCAGAGCCCGCUGCAGCACGGAAAGUGGCCUGGGCUGGAAGCGGAGGGGACAGCGGGAGAUCGUGAGCUCCUGCCGGAGCGAACGGGCGUCCGCCGCCAGAGGUCUACCUGGGGGACAUGGAGGAAAGAAUGGCAGAGACCAACUCCAAUGUGGACAGCUCAGCGCAGCCUUCCGUGGCCCAGCUGGCCGGGCGGUUCCGGGAGCAAGCGGCUGUGGCCAGAGAGACACCAGCCAGUAAACCAACAAGAAGGAAACCGCCCUGCUCCCUCCCCCUGUUCCCCCCCAAGGUAGAGCUGGGCCAGAAUGGUGAGGAGAAAUCACCAUCCAACACCAGCCACCCACCUAAAAUCAAGGUGAAGAGCUCUCCGCUGAUUGAGAAGCUUCAGGCCAAUUUAGCCUUUGACCCAGCAGCUCUUCUGCCUGGGGCUUCACCCAAAAGUCCUGGACUCAAGGCCAUGGUGUCACCAUUUCACAGUCCCCCUUCCACACCCAGUAGCCCCGGCAUCCGGUCUCAGCCAGAAGCAGAAGAGGUACCUGUGAGCUUUGACCAGCCCCCGGAAGGGACUCACCUGCCUUCUUACAAUAAGGUGCGGACUAGAGGCUCAAUAAAAAGACGUCCUCCCUCCCGGCGAUUCCGGCGAUCUCAGUCAGACUGUGGGGACCUUGGAGACUACAGGGCUGUGGAGCCAUCUCAGGAAAACGGUGCCAGGGUAGAGAAUGGCGAUGAUGUGUUCCCUAGCAAGAGCAAGGCCCCCGGGUCUCCCCCACCCAACCAGGAGGCCUUGGGAGAUGGGGUGGAGGGAACCCUGGGGUCCACAGAAAAGCCUUCUCGAAGGAGCUUGUGCAACAACACUGAGAAGUCAGAAGAAAGCAUAGGGACCCCAGAGGAGGUCAGUGCAGGAGAGAAGGCUGAACAGAAUCCAGACACAGCUAGCCAGGCUGGUCUGGAGGUCCCAGAACCACCCGAAACCUGCCUCACAGAGGCUGAGAAAGGGUGCGAGAGUCAACUGGACGGGACAGAAGCUGGAGAGCGUACAGAUGCUGGGACGGCCACAGAAGGGACAGCCUCUGAGGAGAGUUUGGCAGAGGAAGAGGAGGGGUUCGGACAGAAAAGCCCAGCUGCAAAGACCCCAGAGGAGGGAGCAGUCAGGGAGAAAUCUCCCCAAAGUCCAGAGCUAAAGGAGGGGCCACCUCUGGAGCCAGGCUGCAGCCCAGGGGUCGACAACGCCCCAGCAGAGACCAGCAAUGAGAUCCAGAAUACUCAGGAAGCCUCCAUGGAUGACAUCCCCAUCGAGGAUACACGGAUGUGAUGCAGAGCGCGUGGUGCCGGCGAUGAAGCCACUGGAGACUUCUCCCUGGAAAUGGCAGCGUCAAUAGUAGCGGCAGCAGCGCGUGGAGCCACGGCAGAAGCCGAAUCCCCGAGCGUCUGGAGACAGUCCAGGAUGCGGGGCGAAUCAUCCCCUGUAGGCCACCACAGCUGCCUCCUCAUUGGAGAUUAGAGUUGGGGGCAGUAGAGUUUUAUCAACUUGAGUCUGUGUCAUUUGGUGGACUUGGAGCAAAGUAAAAAGUACUGAAAGGAAUUGGCUGUGGCAACAGUACUGUUGGCCACACCUCUUCCUGCGGCUGACCUCCCGACUAGGCUCUGGUUGAGCUUCUGUAAAGUUGCGGCCUUUUUAUUGUUCUAAACUUUUUAUGGCUCUCAGAUGUGACUUAAAACUAAUUUCAGGUAGAUAAAAAAAAAAGAUAGUCUUGUGAAAAAUAAAAUCCUCUAAGUUACAAAAGAGCUGAAAGCAUAUCAAAGCCCUUGAGGCGAUCUUUCCGCUUACUCCUAUGGGGAAAAGGCCAACCAAUUUCAAAAACAGUGGACUCAAAGAGAUAUUUAUUAAAACCUUUACAAACUUGUGCUUGUCUGUUCCCAGGGCAAGAGCAUUUCCAGUCACAUAGUCUUGGCUGAUAACAACAAGGGGAGGUGACUGGUCCAUCUCAUCCCAUCCGACCUCCCCAAGGAGGAGGCAGUGCAGGAACUCCUGUAGGGAGGCAGGAUGCUCAGAUGUGCCGGCUUUGCACUUCGUCUCCUCCCCUGAAGGUGCAGCAGUAUGCCUAUGUGAUGCUGCAAGCAUGGGCUGCAGGCUCCUACUUGAACACGGGCUGACCUCUGGGAGGUGCCUUUCGUACCCAGGGUUCGGCUGACCUCCUGUUAGCAUCCUUCUUAGCUCUCUAGGAAGCUUUUAUUUGUUUGCUUUUGAUUUUGUUUUUUUAAAAUCUCACCACGUAGCCUUCAACUCACUUUGUAGCCAGGCUGGUCUUGAACUGCCUCUGCCUCUAUCACCAUGCCUGGCUCUCAGUAAGCAUUUCUCAGAUCCAAGCCCACGUUCUUCUCCUGGACUCAUGAGGCGUGAACUGGGGUCUUCAGCCCAUUUUCAUCUGUCUGGAGAUGGAGUGUUCGCAGGCAUGGUGGUCUGACCAUCCAUUCCUCUGCUCACCUCCACUUCCCUCUUCUGCACUCCCGUUAAAGAAAUGUUAACCUGAAUAAACGAUGGGUCUUCAGGGUUGGUCCUUA